AACUCAGUUUGGGAUUUAUACAACUGACUCUGCAGGCCACGAGGAAGCGGACGUGCUGAAGGGGAGGAAGAGUUUCCGUGGCCAUAUGGUGGCGAGCCAGAACCCGGAAGCCGAGCUGAUGUUGGAGGCCGAGGACGACGCCGUCAGCCUGCUGCAGGACAAGGACAUGGACAACCUGGCAGGCCCUGUGCUCAUGAGCACCCCCGCCCAACUGGUAGCCCCCGUACUGGUGGCCCGCGGGACGCUUUCCAUCACUACAAGCGAAAUCUAUUUCGAGGUGGAUGAAGAGGACCCGGCCUUCAAACGCACCGAUCCGAGAGUGCUGGUGUACUCCGAAGGGCUGCAUGGAAAAUGGAUGUUCAGCGAGAUCCGAGCUGUGUUCGCCCGGCGCUAUCUGCUGCAGAACACCGCACUGGAAGUCUUUAUGGCCAACAGAACCUCAGUGAUGUUUAACUUCCCUGACCAGCCCACUGUGAAGAAAGUGGUCUAUAGUUUACCCCGUGUAGGUGUUGGCACAAGCUACGGACUCCCACAGGCCAGGCGGAUUUCCCUGGCCACGCCACGGCAGCUCUUCAAGUCCUCCAAUAUGACACAGCGCUGGCAGAGACGCGAGAUCUCCAACUUCGAGUACCUUAUGUUCCUAAAUACUAUUGCAGGACGGACGUAUAACGACCUGAACCAAUAUCCCGUCUUCCCCUGGGUUCUCACCAACUACGAGUCCGAAGAGCUGGAUCUCACACUACCUGGCAACUUCCGAGAUCUGUCUAAGCCAAUAGGAGCACUGAACCCAAAGCGUGCCGUGUUUUAUGCCGAGCGCUAUGAAGUGUGGGAUGACGAGGCUCCAUCCUGCCACUACUCCACCCACUACUCAUCGGCAGCCGCCACCCUUCACUGGCUCAUCCGAAUAGAACCCUUUACGACCUUCUUUCUCAGCACCAAUGGCAACAAGUUCCAUCACCCUAACCGUACUUUCUCUGGGAUCACGCGGUCGUGGAGGCACUGCCAGCGUGACACCUCAGAUGUGAAGGAGCUGAUCCCGGAGUUCUACUACCUGCCGGAGAUGUUUGUGAACAGUAACGGUUACGGUUUGGGGGACAGAGAUGACGGCACCCCGGUGUGUGAUGUAGAGCUUCCUGCUUGGGCCAAGACGCCUGAGGACUUUGUGCGGAUCAACAGAAUGGCUCUGGAAAGCGAGUUUGUUUCGUGUCAGCUGCACCAGUGGAUUGACCUUAUUUUCGGCUACAAGCAGCGUGGGCCCGAGGCUGUGCGCGCCCUCAACGUCUUUCACCACCUGACCUACGAGGGCUUCGUCAACCUCGACAGCCUCGCCUCCGACCCCCUGCUGCGUGAGGCCAUGGAGGCACAGAUCCAGAGCAUUGGACAGACGCCAUCUCAGUUGCUCAUCGAGCCCCAUCCUCCCCGCAGCUCCGCCAUGCACCUGUGUUUCCUUCCGCAGAGCCCGCUCAUGUUUAAGGAGCAGAUGCAGCAAGACGUCAUCAUGGUACUGAAGUUCCCCUCCAAUUCUCCGGUCACCCACGUGGCUGCCAACACGCUGCCACACCUGGCAAUGCCUGCCGUCGUCACGGUGACCUGCAGCCGCCUGUUCGCUGUCAACCGCUGGCACAACACCGUGGGUCUACGGGGUGCUCCAGGAUACUCAUUAGAGCAGGCCCAUCACCUCCCUAUUGAAAUGGACUCUGUGAUUGCCAACAACACAGGGACGAACAAGAGGCAGAUCACGGAUUUGGUGGACCAGAGCAUCCAGAUCAACUCGCAGUGUUUCGUGGUAACAGCAGACAAUCGCUACGUUCUGGUGUGCGGCUUCUGGGACAAGAGUUUCCGUGUCUACUCCUCAGAAUCUGGUAAGCUGACACAGAUAGUGUUUGGCCACUGGGAUGUUGUGACGUGUUUGGCACGUUCGGAGUCGUAUAUCGGCGGGGAUUGCUACGUCGUGUCGGGAUCCAGAGACGCCACUCUGCUGCUGUGGUACUGGAGCGGCCGACACCACAUCAUAGGAGACAAUCCGAAUAACAGUGAUUACCCAGCACCCCGAGCGGUCCUGACUGGUCACGACUACGAGGUGGUGUGUGUGUCGGUGUGUGCAGAGCUUGGCCUGGUCAUUAGUGGAGCCAAAGAGGGUCCGUGUCUUGUACACACCAUCACUGGGGACCUGCUUCGGGCUCUGGAGGGUCCUGAUAACUGCUCUCUCCCUCGGCUCAUAUCCGUGUCGAGUGAAGGCCACUGUGUCAUCUGCUAUGAGAGAGGACAGUUAUGUAACUUCAGCAUCAACGGCAAGCUGCUCGCCCAGAUGGAGAUUAACGACACCACACGUGCGAUGCUGCUGAGCAGUGAUGGACAGAUGCUGGUGACUGGAGGAGAUAACGGCGUGGUGGAGGUGUGGCAGGCCUGUGACUUCAAGCAGCUUUAUAUCUACCCAGGCUGUGACGCUGGGAUCCGGGCCAUGGACCUGUCACAUGAUCAAAGGACGUUGAUCACCGGCAUGGCGUCUGGCAGCAUUGUAGCAUUCAACAUCGAUUUCAACCGCUGGCAUUAUGAGCACCAGAAUCGCUACUGAGCAUGCUUGGAGGACAAUGCUCUCUCUCUCUCUCUCUCUCUCUCUCUCUCUCUCUCUCUCUGACUCUCAUGCUUCCAGAACGGAGCCAAUGAGCGGCCAGCGGCACUAACGAAGGAUCAGCAGCACUUUCCAGCAAGACUGAGGAAACAGGCGACCGAAGGACUUCAUAUUUCUCGCGUAGUGUGUGCUCUGUUAUUACCAGCACAUCCCAGUUGUGUACCGCUUCUCUAAAGUACUGUACAAAAACAAUGUAUUCGAAUGCCAUUCUAAUAAAUAAGAAGCUCUGAAAAGUAUAUAUAUAUAUAUAUAUAAUUUAAAAAAAGGCCCAGAAAUCUUGAGCUAACAAUGAUCUGAUGUCGAUGAGUCAAUUUCCCACGAUUUAAACUGUGAAAAUCCCUCUGCACAGCAGAAACGAGCAUUUCUACAGUGUAUAUUUGUAUAUGCUAGCAGCAUAUUUCACCUUCAAGAGGCUUAUUUUCAGGGUAAAUAGUGGUUCAUGAUGUAAAUAUGGAUAUUGUCCAAAUGUAUUGCUUAAAUCUUACUGAGUAAAGUCUCUAAAAAUGUGUUUCAACUCCUCCUCCUCCUCCUCCUCCUCCUCCUCCUCAAGCUGUCUGUCUGGGUCUUUCUUAAACAGGUAGGUCAGUUAGUGUUUUAAUGAUUUCAACAUCGAAUUGUUUUGUGUUGUGACUAAAUAAACCCCGUGUUUUGUGUGAGAUGUACCGUUUCAGCCAUUUCUCGCUCAAAUUCCUCAGAGAUCUGUCUUUUAUUUUUUGUUGGUCUUAACAUGAACGUGUUCAGUGUUUUUCACACCAAGGAUCUGCUUAGGUAAAUAUAACACGUACAUCAAAAGAUUAUAUCUGAAAGCUGACUGUGCAUCUGAACUUUUAUUUUUUUUAUUUAUUUAUUUAUUUAUUUAUUUAUUUAUUUAUUUGAUGUUAUAUUCAUUUUUUUUUUUUUUUUUUAAGAUUCUGUUUAUUGAUUUUUUUCACAUUUAAAACCUCGUCUCGGAACAUCCGCUACACCGAAAUGUCCGCUCACGUAAUAUUGUAACGCAUAUUGUAAUACUGGAAUGAAUUGUAUUCCAUAUAAACUGCACCGAUGGCAGGCGCAUUUUGAAUUUAAGUGUAAGUCGUUCUCAUUCCUGCUGGUGAACGAUGCGAUGCGGUCUGUCUGUCCAUUCGUUGUAAGUGAGCAUGAACUGAGGUACUGUAUGUACAGAAGAAAGGGUUGAAGACAUGCGCAUCGAGUUUUACUUAUUUAUUUAUUUAUUUAUUUAUUUAUUCAAAUAAGAAAUCUGUCCCAUAUGAAACAAAUAUGUCUGUCGUUUCAUCUUGUUUUGCAAUUCGUGUCCUUUUUAUUCGGAUCUACCCCCAUUUCGUCUGAUUUUCAGGAUUUUGUUAAACCUACUCUAUUAUUCUCUUAUCGAUAUUGA